ACCAAAAUAUGCAGACGGUGUUUACUUCAGGAGUUUACACCGUGAAUGAGGGAACCACAAGAUUUGCAAUACCAUUUGACCAAGCCUUGCCUCUCAAAGGAGAUAUUCUGGUGAAAUGCUACCACAAAAAAUUUCGCUCAACGACACGAGACGUGAUAUUUCGCGUGCAAUUUCAUACAACAGCUGUCAUGGAAUAUCGACUUGUUUUCCAAAAGACUGACUUAGAUGAUGCGUGCACAGAUCCGCGGUUUACAACAUUUAGCAAAGUAGAGUUUAUAUUCUCAGCUACUCCAGAUAAGAUACACAACAGUGACUACGUCCGUGGAAGUUCCUUUCCAGUAGAAAAUUCCAAUGAUCCGUUAAUACGAUGGGACUCUUAUGAACAUUUUGACUCUAUCAUUGAGGGUGGAGAUGAUGUAGUGGACGCAAAUAUGAAUGCCACUGAAAUCCCACACUUAUCAGCCCCAGACGGUAGCCUGUACGCCCAAGUCUGCAAAAACAAUGUACCAAAAACAGAACAAGUUAACAACAGUGCGUCAACGCCAUUAAUGAAUGGCCCGGUACAAGUCAAUGGCCCAUUGCAGCCCAAUGGUGUUGCGACAAAAAGUGCGAGCCCACACCCAAAUUUACCAGUAGCAGCUAUAACAAGUGCUCCGUUCGGUAGCUCACCAAAACGGGGACCAUCGUACAAAGAACGUCAGGAGCUUGAUGAAUUAUUAAAAGGUUUUGAUGACCUUCUUGAUGGAAUUGAUCUUAAAGAGUCACCUGAUGCUGGUAAUUUUGUCAGUGUUCAUCGGCAAAUAUCGCAAUCACAGAAAGCAGAUGCCGCCAAGCCAAAUGCAGUACCACAUGCAGCAGCACACAUCUCUCCAACAUCGCCCUCUCGUGACAGCGGUUAUUCACGCUCAUCAACUGAGAUAGAGAACCCAUACGCUGAGAUUCAUGAUAAAGAUAAACAGGGUAAUAAAAAACAGAAGGAAAGCCCUGUUGGUGGGAUGCAUAAUCCUUUGUAUGGUGAGCCAAUGAUGAGAAAUAACUCCAACCAUCACACAAAUCAUAUGUAUCAUAGUGAACCAUCUUCUAGCAGUCAGCCUGUAUUAAAUGGUCAGCCAGUUCCAAACGGCCAGCUUUUGACGUUUGGCCAGGGUAUGUCCAAUGGACCUUUGGAGGAGAAAAUUGAAGCUGAGCUCCAAUCAAAUGCUUAUAGUGCCAAUCCUCAUGCAGGUACCCAUAGUCCGUUACGGUAUAAUGCAAAUGAGAGAAUAUCAAAUCACAGACAAGACAGAGAAGAUAAUAGAUAUUACCGUUCCAGUUCACCUUUACCGCAUACAAGUAAUGAUUCCCAUGUUUUACCAAAUACCACCCCAGUAGCAGAAAAUCAGAGGGGUAAUAUUUCAUCAGGGUCACCAACAAGGGUAAAUUCCUAUCCAAACCAAGUGCAGUCACCAACCUCACCAAUCAGGGCUCAAAAAGAGAUUAUUAAGAUUGUUCAUACAGGGCCCACCUCUCAAUCUAAUUUAGGCUCUCCUUUGAAUGAUCGUCGACACCAACCAAGUCAAGUUUCACCAACUCCAAGUGAAACAUCAAGUGAAGGGUCGACAGAUAGCCUAACAUGGCUUCAAAGACAGCAGUUGAAGCUGAAACAGAAGCGAGAUCGCGAGAGACAAUCACAAGGCUCAACCUCGCAUCCACUGUACAUCGACACGAUGAUGAGCAACAGAUUCGGACAACAAACACCACCACUUGCUAGUCUUUCACCGAGAUCAGAUUCAUAUAACCGUGUCAAUGACAUUAGCUCACGAUACACAUCUCCACCACUUAGUUCCACUAUUCAAGAUUCCAAAGGGAUAGGACAGCAUAAAGAUACACCGGAUCCACGUGUGAAAAGACAAGUGCUCUUAUAUGACUCUCCCCGAAUGAGCGAUCCAAUUAUUGCAACUAAAGUUACCCGCCCGUUGUACCAGCCAUCAUCACCAAUCCAGUACCCGCAAUAUGUGCCCCCACCAGAAGCUCACCAUUCACCCCCACAGCAUGAUAAUUCAAGCAACAGGGUAUCAGAGUCUUCCUUUGAACCAAAACGAUUACCAACCACAACUAGUAGGCCUGUUGAUGUCGACAGUCAGAGUUCACAAUCCUAUGUUGUUGAACCUAAUGUAGUGUCACGGCCUCCAAGAAGCCCAAGGAAAGAGCGGGUAUUUUCUAACCCUGUGAAUGAGAAACGAAUGCAUCAGAUUGAAAGAUCUUUGCAUGCUAAUGAUUCGCCAUCUGAGUUUGCAACUUUUCCACUGAAUUCUUCAUAUACCUCUCUUCCCAACACUAACACUUCGCUUGAUUCUAUGCAUGCCUCAUCUAACCAGUCACUAAUCCAUCCACAACCUACUACAUAUUCAACGUUAAACGACCAACUCAUGCGUGCCAUUCCCAGUGCCGGACAAGAAGGUGUGGUAGUACGUUCCACCGAGCACAAAGUUAAAACCACUCUAAAAUUCUAUCCUUUAGAUGAAUAUGAUAAGUUGGUUAAGUCGGGCGAGAUUCAGCCAGAAACUGAUAAUGUAGAAGUUAUAAAGUAUAUUCCCCCAAAAGAAGAUGAGAGUGUAGACACUGGACCAGACAAACCUGCACCCUCCUAUAAUUGGGUAAUGAAUCGAAUCGGGAGUUUGAGAACUUUGAGCAAAGAGACAAAUAAUGCUUUGCAAAAUGAUUAUUUAACCCAAAAAUCCGCUUAUCAAUCACAACCAGAUUUAAGAGGGUACACAUAUGAACCUACGACAUCAGCAUCACAAAUUUCACUGUCUUUUACUCCGAUUUCAAAAGGAACAACUUUUUCAAGAAGUGAGACAAAUGUGGGACCAAAUAAUACUACAAUUUUACGCCCAGAACCAUGUAUUUUUCCCAAAAGACCCUCGCAUCCAUUCCAGCAUGAAUCUUCACUUGGUAGCAUGAAUGACCUCCGAAGUGCACAGCACGUUAGCCCAGCUGGAGAGAACCCGAGAACGUAUUACCAAUCCACUCCAAACCUUUUGCAUGAUAACAAGACACUAAUGCAUGGAUUGGACCUAACCAGCUCAAAAUCGCUGAGUAGACUCGAUGAGGAAGACACAUUAUAUGCAGAGUCUGCACAGAUAUCAUAUGAUCCCAGAACGGCUACUAACAUGGCCAAGAACGAACAUGCCGCAUGUGGCUCAUAUAAUACUGAUAUAACAAGCUUGAAUAAAAGCAUGAGUAAUGUAGAGGAAGGCUAUUAUCAGGUGCCACGAAAGGUUCGUUUCAGCUCAGAUUCAAACCUUCUUGGUGACUCUUUCUUUAGGGCGCCCUCGGUUGACGAACCAGAUGCAAAGGCAGGUGAGCCAGUCCAGGAGCCUGUCAUUAAACAAGGAACUGUAGCCAGUAGAGUUGCUGAUGCCCGUGCCAGAAUUGAUGAACUGGAGCGUUCAAUGAGCCCCCCAGCUUUGGAACGUCAACCUCGUUCCCUACAUCGAAGCAAUAGUGCUGCAGGGUAUGAGAACGGUAGUCAAAGUAUUCGUUCACGAACACCGUCACCAGAACUCUGGAUGAGGAACCCAGGUGGUCAACCACUGCAGGAAACAUAUUAUUGGAAUCGUUCAGAGGGUUUGAAGUCUCCGGAGAUAGAAGCUAGGAGGGAGAAGGAGAGGCUGAUAGAAUAUGGACCAGGGUUUGAUUCACCUCCUACACCUAGCUUUCCAUUGGAUCCUAAAACACCUUACGUUCAUUUGGUCUCUACGCCCACGCCCCUUGCUUUCGUUGGACGAGGUCCUGAAGAUAAAGAAGUACAAUAUAUACCACAACAUAUUAGUUUGAAGCAGACUACACUGCAACAGAAUACUCCGCAGAAAUUUACACAGCAAAGCCAUACACCACAGCAAAGCCAUACACCACAGCAAAGCCAUACACCACAGCAAAACUCACCAUUUAUCAUACCACAUAAGCAAAUUCUACAACAGGAUACACCGCAACAUUAUAUACAGCAACACGACACACCACAACUACAUACAAAGCAACAGGACACACCACAACAAAACUCACCUCAGCAGUAUAAUCCUCAUCAGCAAACACCACAACAGUUUACAAAGAAACAGGACACACCGCAAGAAAACAUACCGCAGCAGUAUACUCCGCAACAGUCCACUCCACAAACCACUCAAGAUCGACAGCUGGAAAUGAGUCCAAGUAAAAUGAAUGCACCAAACACCACAGAGGUCACUGUUUAUAGAACCGUAGACAGGAAUUAUGUGCCACCGCAAGCUUCACAUCAAACACGUCAUUCACAAGAUGCACUUAGGCAGCAUUCUCCUGAACAAAAAUCAGUUCAUUUUGAUAUUGAUGACUUUUUUGAAACCCGUCUUUCACAAGAUGUGUCUCCAAAGUCAAUAGCAAAUGAUGAAAAUAGACGAAAGGAAAUCGAAAAGGAACCACAAAUCAGCCCAGUUCAUGAGAAAAUUGAAAAAAGUCGUGUACGCUUUGUAGAAGAGGGCAGUCCCAAACAAUACCAAGAUGAGAAUCGAAAUGAAAGUAACAUGAAAGACUUGACUCUUUUGGAUUCUGAACGUACAAUUAUUCCUACAAAUCAACACCAGGUUGAAGUUCAGGUCCAUCACACUCCACCACAGAGAGAUCAGUCCCCAACAAGGGUAGCAGAGAUGCCACAUUCAUUGCCAUUUGGAGUACCCAGUACAGGUCCUUACCCUCAAUAUACCAUAUACAAUGGUCCAUCAACAACCAUACAUAAUGGACAAACCUCGCCCUCUGGUUCACAUGAUGUCUCCCCAACUGCGCCUUUUGCAUCUGUUGAUUUGCCUCCUAGGAAUUACUACCCAACUUUCAGUGAUAGAAAGAGAUCAAAAGCUGCAGCAGGUAAACCUAGCAACCAUAAAACAUUGCCAGAAAGUGAACAGCCAAGCAGUCUGCAGGGCGAGGUUGAUAUGAGUGGGUACAGAACAGUUUAUGAUAAUCGUGGCAAACACGCCAAACCUGGAAGCCCAGCGUCUGUACGUAGUGGGUCAUCGGUGAAUGAUUCAGGAAGGACAACGCCAUCUAACUUCUACCUAAAUGAACAGCCAUCGCUUUCAUCGAGCCAGACUUCUCUAGCAGAGCCUGGUGUUGAGAAUGUUCGAUUUGUCAAAGAUUUAUCAUCCUGGUGGUACAAGCCACAUAUCACACGAGAUGAUGCGAUAUCCAUGUUGAAGGAAAAACAACCAGGUACGUUUGUGGUGCGUGAUAGUAACUCAUUCCCUGGUGCUUUUGGCUUAGCAGUAAAAGUAGCGACCCCACCUCCUAACGCUCCACAGCAGAGGAAAGCUGGCGAUCCUGUUUCUGAACUUGUACGCCACUUCCUCAUCGAACCAAACUCACGUGGCGUGAAACUCAAAGGUUGCCAGAAUGAGCCAAUAUUUGGCAGUCUUUCAGCACUUGUGUACCAGCAUACAAUGAAGCAACUUGCACUUCCUUGUAAACUUGUUUUGCCAGAAACCGAUCCAGCAAAUGUUCCAGGAUCCGGUAGUGAUGCCAACUCAAGAGCCAACCUUUUGGCCAAAGGAGCAGCCUGCAAUGUGUUGUAUCUGCAUUCAUUUGACAUGGAGUCUUUAACAGGAUCAAGCGCUGUGAGUGAAGCCACAAAUCGAUUAACGGAACUCUCUACUAAACCGCCCUCAAUCAUUGUACAUUUCAAAGUGUCCUCAAAGGGAAUUACAGUGACAGAUAAUAACAGAAAACUGUUUUUCAGAAGACAUUAUCCAGUUGAUUCUGUCCUUUUCUGUGGUUCUGAUUCAGGCAGUAGAAGAUGGCAAAGAGACGAAAGCAGCAAAGAAGCAGAUGCUCGAAUUUUUGGCUUUGUCAGUCGCAAACCCGGCAGCAUAACCGACAAUGUCUGCCACUUAUUCGCAGAGUAUGAAAAGGAACAACCAGCAUCAGCUAUUGUCAGUUUUGUAACAAAGGUUCUGAUUGGUCAGGCCAGUAAUACUUCUGUGAAAUCGCCUUGAUAUGCAGAAAUUGGAAAAAAGAUAGUAACCGAGAAUAUUGACUAUAGAAAAGAGAGAGCUAAUUAGUAACUUAUAUGCUAAUGAGUUAUUCAUAGCUUAUGAAUUAUUCAUAAGAAGGUGCUGAAAUAAAGAUGUAAAGGGCUAUUGAGAAUGACAAAUAAAACAAUUUUCUGACAUCACACUGUGAAUGUCAUAGGAAAUUAUGAGAAGAAAAUAAGUUUCCCUCCAAGGUUUAAUUUUUUAGUUGAAGAGUCAGAAUAAGAAGAUUAAGUGGGAAAGUUAUUUAAAAAAAUAUUUUGAAGAAAAAAGAAAUUCAAAAUGUGGAAAGGAAACCACAAGAAGUGCAGUAAGUGAUGGAAAAGGAUUUGUUAAUUGGAUAAAGUGUUAUCUUUGAUUUCAGUUUCCAUUUUAUCUGAGUUAUUUCAGUUUUUGGCAAAAUGUUUUAGGGCAAGUAGAAAACAAUUGUUAGAUUAACACUUUGUCUUUCAAAUCUUUGACAUGAGAGGGUUGCUUUUUGACUAAUUUACGGUACCAUACAAGACCAGCAUUUUUCCUGAUGCAAAUGACAUUCAGAGAUCACUACAUACUUGAUGGUUUUGGAAUCGUUAUUUGUGAGUCCGCCAUGUGAUCGGUGCAGCCUUUGUUUGCAUGUCAAGUCUAGCUAUAAUGUUAUGUGGCAACCAUGUGAAUGUCUUGUUAUAGGAGACGUAACAAAAGAAAAAAGGUACUGAAAAAUCUUGAUGAGGUUGUUAAUCUAAUUUUUUUUUUCUAUCAGCCUUCAAAAAUCAGUUAUCACAUGUAAAGUUCUGGUUAUGCUAGACCCCAAAAUAAAAUAUCAACAACUAUUUAAGUAUGUGAUGUAAAUACAUGUGAUGUAUUCAGCAAAUAGAGAUAAUCGCUUAUUUUGCAAAGAUCAUUUAGUAUAUAAUUGGCCGCAUGAGGGCUAUUUUCAGUAACAUGCAAUAGUGAAUAAGAUAUACAUAGUAUUAAUGCCUAUCAUGUUCUUAUCCAAAGAGUUACCAACAGUUAUAAGAUAAAAAAAAAUUAUGACGUUUAAUUAAGAAAAUCGUAAUUAAUGUGUUGAUGAUUAAUUAGAAAUUACUUAAAUAUAGCAUCAUAAUUGAUAGAGAACCUUGCUUGUUGUUAGUGUCAUUUGUUUAUUUUAAAUGAGGAGCUUAUUAUCUAUAUCUUAUCUAUUAUAAUAUUAUAAUUACUAAUAGUGUAUUUAAUUAGAAAAUCUACCACUGUUAAUAACAUGUAAUUCUAAUUUAUAAUUCAAUAAUGAUAGUUUUAAUUGUAUAUAUUUUUUUUUUUUGCUUUGUUUGCUUCUGAAAUUAACAGAUCUUUUUUUUAUGUACAGUUUGUUAAAACUAUAUGAAAAUAUACAUAUAUAAAUAUAUAUAAAUGGUGUGUAAUUUAUUGUAAAUGUAGUUUUUGUAGUAUAACCAUCAUAACGUGUCUUAAGACAAAAAGUUAUUGUUUUAGUUGUCAUGACAACCAACAACUGGGUGGAAAGUAUUCUCCAAGAAGUAAUAUUCAUCAUAUAUGAAAUCUUGCUUUGAUAAUAUCCCUACUAAUGAUAUAAUUUUGAUAUUUUGACUUAGUUCAACUGUUUAACUUAGUUUACAGCUGUUUAACUUCGUUUAAUGUUUAUUGAAAUGUUAAUAUAAUUUUAGAUUGUGUCAGUUUGCUUUAAAGGUUUAAGAAUAGGUCUUUUUAAAAUAAUUGGUAUGACUAGCCUACAAGGUUUUUAAGUCAUCAAAUGUUAACAAUUUUUGAGAUGUAUCAGAUACAUAAAAAGAUACAUAAAUAUUGUUUUGUUACUGUUAUUAUAAUGAACAAUGUUAAUGUUGCAUUAUACCUAUAAAGUGAAGAUAUAUUUAAUGCUACAUAUCAAGCAUUUUAUAGAGUAUUCAGUCAUUGAUACAUUUAAGACAUUUAGAUGCCCUCCUGCAAGCUCUACUUAUUUGACAUAUACUGUAUGUUACUUUGUAACAGUAAACCUAUUAAUAAGAUUUUGUUUUAAAGGGUGCUUUUCCGUAAUUUAUUGUAAAUAAACCAAACUUGUUUGUUCAUACAAAA